CUUUUAAUGCUACUUUGCUACUACUGACAGUUAUGACAUUUAUGACAGAUACAUGAUUUCAGUCGUUCGUGAAUUUUUGAUUUCUGUGAACGACACUGUUCUUUUUCUUUUGUGGUCUGUGUUUCUGACAACUCGGCUGCUGCUACGAUGAAACAAAUCGUGACAAACCAAACGGUUAAAAUUCCCGAGGGAAUAACCGUCAAUGCAAAAUCUCGUUUGAUUACUGUGAAAGGGCCCAGAGGCACCCUAAAACGAUCCUUCAAACAUUUAGCUCUGGACAUUCGCAUGGUUAGCCCAAGACUGUUGAAAGUGGAGAAAUGGUUUGGAACCAAAAAAGAAUUGGCUGCUGUCAGGACUGUUUGCUCUCAUGUGGAAAACAUGUUGAAGGGUGUUACCAAAGGGUACCUGUACAGAAUGAGGGCUGUGUAUGCCCAUUUCCCCAUCAACUGUGUUACCACUGAAAACAACACUGUUAUUGAAAUCAGGAAUUUCUUAGGAGAGAAAUACAUUAGGAGGGUGAAGAUGGCACCUGGUGUGACUGUCAUAAACUCCACAAAACAGAAAGAUGAGCUAGUUAUUGAGGGAAACUCUUUGGAAGAUGUUUCCAGGUCUGCAGCACUCAUUCAACAGUCCACCACAGUGAAAAACAAAGAUAUUCGUAAAUUCUUGGAUGGGUUAUAUGUAUCUGAAAAGACAACUGUUGUGCAAGAUGAAUAACUCAUAGAAUAAAUGAA